AUGGAUGUUAUCUCCGACCUGACGACAGGUGUUAGUCGGGUCCCAGACGCAGUAAUCCGUGCAGACCAGGGCGAGCUUUGCGCAGGAGAGUCAGAGCAGCCGAGCUCCUGCAGCAGUGCACAGAGUCCAGAAGCCCCCCCGCCAGCAGACAUGGGGCGCCAGGAGGGCGACUACGUGUGGAAGAAGAACACCGAGAACAUCCAGGACGUGUUUGACAUCAUGGACGAGUUGGGCACAGGAGCCUUCUCCGAGGUCUACAUGGUGAAGGAGAAGAAGACGGGGAAGAUGUUUGCCAUGAAGUGUGUGAAGAAGAACCAGAAGCAGGACCUGAAUCUGGAGAACGAGAUCGCCGUGUUGAGAAGAAUCAAACAUGACAACGUGGUGGGGAUGGAGGAUUUCUACGAGAGUCAGACUCACUUCUAUCUCAUCAUGGAGCUCGUUUCAGGCGGUGAGCUCUUCGACCGUAUCCUGGACCGGGGGGUGUACUCGGAGAAGGACGCCAGCCGGGUCAUCCAGCAGGUGCUGCAGGCCGUCAGCUACCUGCACCAGAACGCCGUGGUGCACCGGGACCUCAAGCCGGAGAACAUCCUCUUCUACAGCCCGGAGGAGAACUCCAAGGUCAUGAUCAGCGACUUCGGCCUCUCGAAGAUGGUGGACAACGACAUCAUGUCCACCGCCUGUGGAACUCCGGGAUACGUAGCUCCAGAGGUUCUGGCACAGAAGCCGUACAGUAAGGCUGUGGACUGCUGGUCCAUCGGAGUCAUCACCUACAUCCUACUCUGUGGAUAUCCUCCUUUCUACGAAGAGAGCGAGACGCGACUCUUCUCUAAGAUCAUGAAGGCUCAGUACGAGUUCGACUCGCCCUUCUGGGACGACAUCUCGGAAUCUGCUAAAGACUUCAUCCGCAACAUGAUGCAGAAGAAUCCCAGCAUGCGCUUCAGCACGGACCAGGCCCUCAGGCAUCCCUGGAUCAUCGGAAAGACGGCUCGCAGCCAGGACAUCUACUAUUCAGUCAGCGUUCAGAUCCAGAAGAACUUCGCCAAGUCCAAGUGGAAGCAAGCCUUCAACGCGGCCGUGGCCAUCAACCACAUGAAGAAGCUGCAGCAGGCCCACUCCGAGCAGCUGGUGAGACGUCCCAGCAUCCCCGACAUCAAGGUCGUCGACUUGUCCUCCCCGACCGUCCACAAGCGUCUCGACCCGGACAAGCUGGACCCAGAGGCCAGUGGGGGGGCCCAGGGGACGAGUCUCAUCCCUCUGCCCGCGAGCCUCAUCGAACCCAAGAGCCACUACCAGACCCUGAAGACCACUCAGAGCCAGGGCCCCGCCCACCACGCUCCGGCCAUAUCCGAGCAGGGGAAGCACGUGUACCACUCGGAGCCCGCCAACCUCAACGGAUUCUGUCCGAACCGAAGUGGAAAGACGGUGCAGACCGGAGUGUGCUCGGUCAUGUGA